AUGAAUGUUAAAAGUGAGCCAGAUUGGUCAUUGGAGGAUGUGGAUUGCGUGCUGCAUUGGAUUGCUGCUGGGACUAUAUCCGAGCGCAAAGGAACUGAACUUCUCAAUGUUAUUUUUGGGAAACCCUUGUCUCGUUAUACAGUUCGUUCAAAAGUGAAGGCAUUAAAAGAGAAGGAGCGUAUAUCUACAACAGCAAAUGUGGAUCCAAAAGAAAAUGAUGAUAACGAUAAUGAAUUGCAGUAUCGUAUUGUAGAAGUUGAAAGUGAAAAUGGUGACGUGAAGACAUACACAGAACUCAUGAAUUGUUCAGCCAGUUGUAGUGAUUUAGGAUAUCAGGAUGGAGGUACGCUUUGGAAUACGGAUGUUUAUGACUUGAGCUGCAAGACAGAAAUCGAUAUUGACAAAGUAGAAAUUAUUCGAUUAUUAAAUCGUCGAGGAAAUUUGGGACUUAUCGCAAUCGCGGAAAAUGAUGGCUAUCGUGUAUACAGACAAAGUACGAAACAGGCAACCAGAGCAUAUUAUCGUUGUUCACGUUGUGACUGGCUGAAGAAGAAGAAUGGUGCAGGACGAACUGCUUAUAUCACUAUGGUUAAUGAUUCUAUUGUUGGUACUGCAUAUCCAUUACAUAACGAGCUGUGUCAGUUGUAUACACCAUCUGCUCUUCGUAGAAGACAGUCUGAUCGAGAAGCGAAAAAAGAAUUUUCACAAAAUUCAGUCGAUAAACAACCAAAAGUUGAUGAAGAAUCUCAUGAAAAAGACAAUUAUAAAACAUCUCGUGGUAAUUUAAAGCGUUCACACUACUGGCAUGAUGCUAAUCUUCACGAAAAGACAUUCCCAGAAUACAUUUUUGCUUAUUUCGGGGGUGCAGCUAGUUUUGAACAAAGCUGUACUCCCUUCGAAGGAAGAAGUUUGUUCGAUUUUGCAUCAGAAAUUGAAGUCAGGAAAAACCAUAUUUGA